GAAUUUUAUGAACCUCGUUGCCCUACUGCCUUCCAUUCCACUUGUACAACAUACAAAGUCUGCCUGCUCCUCCAUCCACGCUCAACAAGCUCACGGCCACCCGAGCCGACCAACCAAACCAACUUUCUUACAUCAGAACUCAUUCAACUUUCUCCUCACACAUAGCAAUAGUUGCUCUUCGUCCUCGUCUUCCCUGUUGUUAUUUAGUUUUGGAGAAAGCACCACGGAAAACGGACCCGCUCUGCCGCUGCCUCCUCCUCUGCUGCUAUUUUACUGCUGCUGCUACUGCUACUACCUGUAGUUCUUCGGUAACCUUCACUUACUUACGUGUACCUUACUCGUCGUCACAAUUCCUCUCUGCCUGUCUCACAAGCCACGAUCACCAAAAACUCGCCCAGAGCUAGUUGCUCGCUCAGAAUUGCCAUUGUCUCACACAACCCGCGACUCACUUACGCAACCCCUCAUGGUCCUGCUGGCCAGGUAGAGUAGGAAAAAGAAAAUAGUAGACUAAAUAACCAUCAAAGUCUUAUCCUAUUGCCAAAAAGGUAGUAAAAGUUGAUUGGAUAUCUACCUGAAUUCGUAGUAGUGAAAGCUAAAGAGAAAAAAUAUUCCUAGAAGAAAAAUAACACAUAGUAUUACCGACUUCCUUACCUCUGAAGUUGCUAUUUUCGUUUUUGUGUGAUUAAUCGUGGUCAGUAAAAUAGGCGGUGUGACAACAACAAAAGCAGCUAAUUAUUGAAUCAAUCAUUUUCCGGAUAAGCAGUAUUUUAUGAACAUACAAGAAAAAUAUUCGUUAACCGUGCCACUACAUACACUGUGUGUGAAGAAACUAAACAGAGCUUGAAUUUACAUAUACACCUUACAACAUAGAGUUUAUGCGAGAGGAGGGGAGAAAAAAGCCAUCAGUGAAUUCUCAAAGUCGGCCUUGAAAUAAAUAUUUACUAAAUUGAGCAACUUUUAAUACAUAAAUCCAUGUCAUUUUAAUCGUUGUGUAGUGUGCUCGUUUCAUGUCGUGUUAUUUUGUCGUCAAGUCCAGUCGAGUUUUUACUUUUACCCGAGUUGGUUCUACUUUCUCUCGCGUUCUCCGGUGAAAGUAGUUGAAGGGCUGCUGCUGAGGAGGAUAAAUUACGGUCGUAUUAGGCCACAGUGAGAGGGAAAAAAGUAGGAAAAGAAUCGCGCCGAGAUGUUUCAGUCCCCAGGUCCAUUUGUCAACUGCCACUUGAGAUUAGACAGCAAGAGAGAUUACUACCCGGGGGAUGAAGUGAAAGGCCAGCUCAUCAUCGCCCCCUCGGAUAUCGUCUACUGCCACGGGAUCUACGUCGCGCUAGAGGGGAAGGCGGUGGUUACCUUUAAAUCACUCGGUGAAACUAGGACGAAGGAGGAGAAAGUCGUUCGAGAAGAAUGUUAUGUUUUGGGCAAAAAUAUUCCUCACGCCGGGGUGAAGAAGAUGCAGAUCCCCGUCGCUACUCAGGAGUUUCUCUUCUCGCUAAAGUUUCCAGCGAACGUACCGUCAUCCUUUCAUGGAAAGUUUGGGAUAAUCGAGUACCAAGUAGUGGUCUACCUUAUCCGCUCGGACACUUAUCACGUGAGGCAGACGGACCGCACGAUAAAUGUGAUGGGGACUCUGGAUCUUCAAGUGGAACACCCAACGACUCUGGAACCCAAGAAAUUUACUCCUUCCUCGAAACGAAAGCCGUUCAAAGUCACGUUACAGUUGGACAAGAGUGGUUAUCUCCCGGGGGAAAAGAUGACUUUCACCAUAGAAGUGUUCAACCCUGAAGAACUCGUCGUGGAGGAUAUCACUCUCACGUUCGUCAAGAAAGUGGUCUACAAAGUGAGGGAAACCAAGUCCGCCAAAGCGACGUUGGCCGUAUUGAACAAGUCGUCGAUGGACCAGGUUACCCCGUUUGUUUACACUGGGACAGUCACGGUCCCAUCGGACUUAUAUCCAACCCAGUUUGGGCGACCCAUCGAAAUAAUCGAGUUGGGCUAUUUCCUUCAGAUCGUAGUGAGCAGUCCCGAAACCACGCUGGCGAAGGGGGAGCUUACCAUUAUCGUAGGAUGUCACGCCCGACCUUACGAUCCCAGCAAGCACGGGUCUUCUCGCGGCGGAGAAAAUCAUGGACAUCACCACGAUCUGAGUCAACAGAAUUCACGCGAGGAUCUGAUCAGACCUUCGACUACGGGGGGGUUGGGGCAGAGUGGCGGAGGUGGCCGCAAAAUGGAGAGUCAUGUCACCGAUUCCUCUCGUCGUGGCUCAGCCUCCGAUCUGCCAGACAUCGGGCUCGCCUUUUCUCUCCUCUCUUUCCUCCCGAUGACCAUGAAAAGGUCCACAUCGAUGGAAGCAUUACGCGGAGAUGGAAAGGCUCCUCUCGCCAAGGAGUGUUAAGCAAGAAGAAGGGCAGAAAAAACCAGAAACUUUCGAAAACAAUCAAGUCAAGUUUUUUUAAUGUUAAGGCUAACAAAUAGUCACUUAUCGAUAAUGAAUGUGUAUAAAAAUAAGAACAAAACACAGAAAUGUUGAGGUUUCUCAAGCCAACGAAUCAUACUGGGAGUAAGUACGUUAAAGUAAUUACUAACCUAAGUAAGUCGAAUUAUUACACCACACAGUGAUUUAUUUACAAAUAUGUAUAUAAUUAAGGUUAAUUCUUUAAUUAAACGUAAUUAGGUAGGUAUCCACCACCAUGAUAAGUAAAUAAUUGUGUGUACUCCGACACUCUUAUUAUCGUCUAUUUAUUAUGUAUGUACAUUGUACCUAGAUAUGUAUCGUAUGUCAAAAAUGAGUACGGAUUGUGCCGAACAAACGCCCCUCCGUCAACUCGGCCUUAUUUCUUGAAUAUUUACAAUUUACGAUAUCUUCAAAAUUUCACAUUUUCACAUUAUAUUUGAAAUUCCAUUGUCCAAAUUCAAGUAAAAUUUUCUAUAUAAAAAAACGUAUUGCACAAUCUUAUACUCAUUGCCACUACUUCUUCCUUCCUCUUUCAGAUAUGAAACUAAAAACUAAAAAAGUACUACAGAUAUUUCAAGAUAAGUAUUACAGAUAAGUGUGAAGAAAAUAUAAAGAAAAUUUACAUAUAAAUAUACAAAAACUCGCAUGUAUUUAACAUGUUCGUUCGUGUACAAUGUGUCAAGACAACUUUUGCUUUUAAUCUUAAACAUUAUUAUGUGACUACCGGCUGUGAUUUCUCUAUCAAAGAUUUUCCUGAGUAUUUUAUUCCUUAUCUCUGAAUGAAUUACGAUAAAAAAUAACUUUUAUGCCUGAUUGAGACUGCUUCAUAUCUCUGUUGAGAACCUGCGUUUAUGUAAUUCCUAAAAUGACACACGGGUAAAGGGUAAUAAUUCGUACACAACGAUGGGCUUGGCUGAAUGAAGGUUAAGUAUUUGAAAUAUUUAUUAAUUUGCUGGAAAUAAUGGUUUACAUUUUCGUCUCCUCUUUAUUCAUGGCUGGUCCGUGAAAAAUUAACUUUCAUCUUAAAACUAUAAUUAAAUACAGUGUAAUAAAUAUUGCACCGCGUUCUAAGAAAGAAUUGUGAACAUUGCUGUGAAUAAAUUGCUAUAUACGCUUGUCUGCCUAAAUCGCUUGCAAUGCACUGCUUGCUCUGCUGAAAUAAAACAGUUAUAAAUAAUAUGUCUUUUUAUGCAAUAAGCAAAAAAUACUUGUGUCCCAGAACGUAUAUCAAAUUCUAGUAGGUCAUAAUUUACAUGCACGAAGCGUAAUUGCAGCAGCAGGUACAUGUGUACUUAAAUAUACACGAGUGUAUCUAUAUUUAGGGUGUACUUACUAACUCACUUACCUAAAUGUCAACGUAUGUAUAAUAAUAAUAACGCUAUUUAAUAGUCCACAAAAAUGUGUCCAUGUGAUCAUUAAAUGUUUAACGGAAACAAAACCAAAGGAAACCUCUCACUUCCAUUUCACUGCAACGAAAGCACGAAUAAAUACUUUCAUUUAAUUCAGGCCAUGGAGAAAAAAUGGCUUAUUGUGUACAAUAAUAAGAAUUAAAAUCAAUAAAUAUGAAGACUAGGGUUAACAAGACGAGGAUAAAUUGCUUGGAGGAAUAUGCACGCAAAUAUUUAGCCAAUUCAUCACCGUAUCCGUAUUAAUGCUAUAUAAGAAAUUUGUCCUAAUGCUACAAAAAAUAUGAAGAAAACUUAUAUAUUCCGUAUAUGUAAAUACUGCUUAAACACAAAUCUGUAUUACCUGCCGUAUUUUUUUCUUUUCUUAAUAUUAAAUAUCCAGCAAACUAUUGCACUUUACUGCACGGAAUGCUUUUUAUAAAUAAA